AUGCCUGACAACUCCCCGCUCGCCAGCCUCCCGGACUGGAACAACAUCGACGUCAUCCACCGCAAGACCCUCCCGCCGCGCAGCUACUUCUUCCUCUACCCCAGCGAAGCCGACGCGCUCACCUUGGACGUCACCCGCGCCAGGGCCAAGUGUCUCUCUGGAACUUGGAAGUUCCACCUCUCCAAGUCUCCGUUCGAAGGGCCUCGGAGCUUCUACCAGGAUGACUUCGCCGCGGAAGGGCGGGCAACGACCUUCACGGACAUCCAGGUGCCGGGGAUGUGGCAGCUACAGGGCCACGGCAAAGGGCCUCACUACACAAACUACCUGUACCCGUGGCCCGUCGACCCCCCGCACGUGUCGUACCAAGACAACGAGUGCGGGCGCUACCUCCGGGAGUUUUCCGUGAGCGACGCCUUCGCCGCCGAGGACCACCAGCUGCGGCUGCGCUUCGAGGGCGUCGACUCUGCGUUUUCGGUGUGGCUCAACGGCAGGGACGUGGGGUACUCGCAGGGCGCGCGCAGCCCGAGCGAGUUCGACGUGACGCACCUGGUCCGCACGGGGCACGGGCAGCGAAACGUCCUCGCCGUCGAGGUGUACCAGCGCUGCGACGGGAGCUACCUCGAGGACCAGGACGAGUGGUGGCUGAGCGGCAUCUUUCGCGACGUGUACCUCCAUGCGUUUCCCAGGGUGCACCCCGUGGAUUUUUACGUCGUGCCGGACCUUGAUGACAGGUAUGAGGACGGGACGCUGAGGCUUAAGCUUGAGAUGAGCGAGCCUUGCUCCGUCGAGGUGAAGCUGCUGGACAGGAAGCACCGUGAAGUACUCAAGACGACCAAGAAGGUCGACAAGACGGCACAUAUCGAGCUGCCCGUCGAGAAACCGGACAAGUGGACGGCCGAGACGCCGAACCUGUACACGCUCGUGCUAAACUUUCCAGACGGCAAAGGGUACAGUCUGGUCCAGCGCGUUGGCUUCCGCAAGAUGGCUCUUGUCGACGGCGUGUUCUGCGUCAACGGCAACCCUGUCAAGCUGCGCGGCGUGAACCGCCACGAGCACCACCCGGAUCAUGGACGCGCAGUGCCGUACGACUUUAUGCGGCGCGAUCUCAUCAUCAUGAAGAACUGUGGCAUCAAUGCCAUACGCACAUGCCACCAGAUCAACGAUCCGCGGCUCUACGAUGUCGCCGAUGAGUUGGGUUUAUGGAUCAUGGACGAGGCCGACUUGGAGUGCCAUGGUUUCGCGGCUGUAGGUGGCGACGCGGCAUCGUACACGUCGGACAAUCCGGCUUGGAAGGACCAGUACGUCGACAGGGCACGGCAGAUGGUCGCCCGCGACAAGAACCACGCCUGCGUCAUCCUGUGGUCCCUGGGCAACGAGGCCUUUUACGGGCGCAACCACCAGGCCAUGUAUGACUGCAUCAAGGCGCUCGACGACACGCGCCUGGUGCACUACGAGGGCGACGGAGCGGCGCGAACAGUCGACAUCUUCAGCUGGAUGUACCCCGAGGUGCGCAGCAUCGAGGACUUUGCCAAAGAGCGCGACUGGAAGAAGCCGCUCGUCGUGUGCGAGUUCCUGCACGCCAUGGGCAACUCGUCGGGCGCGGCCAAGGAGUACGUCGACGCCUUCUACAAGCACCCACGCCUGAUGGGCGGCUUCGUCUGGGAGUGGGCGAAUCACGGCCUGCGGACCAAGACCAAGGACGGGAUCGAGUACAUGGGCUACGGCGGGGACUUUGGCGACGAGCCCAACGACGGCAACUUUGUCAUGGACGGGCUGCUCUGGUCGGAGCACACACUGACGUCCAACCUGGCCGAGUACGCCAAGGCGAUUGAACCGGUCCAGACGGUGUCGCUGCACCACCACGAGCUGUCGGUGGUGAAUCGGUACGACUUUCUCGGCCUCGACCACCUUUCCGGGACUUGGAGCAUAGUCAUCGACGACAAAGAGGUGUCGUCGGAUGGAAACGUGACGAUUCCGAAUGGCAUCCGACCCCAUACCCACGGAACAGUGACGCUCGAUGGGUUCCACGAGGGCAUGCUGCGUGAGGUGGACAGAGAGGCAUACAUCCAAGUGCAGUUCCGCCUCAGGGAGUCGGCGAGAUGGGCUGCGGCUGGGCACUUGGUUGCGACCGGGGAGAUCCGGGUGUCGAAGCCGCUCUCCGUUGCGGCCAUUCGCUCACUCGAGCCACCGAUGCCGAAGCCUACCAUUGAGCAGAUCACCGACGGACUCCUUACUAUAACCUCGGCUUCGGGAGGCUCGAUCUGGGGCAUCGACAUUGUCACGGGUAUGCUGGCGAGCUUUCGCCGGCCGGAGCAGCCUGGCGUAGAACUGCUCACGCAGCCAGUCAGGCUAGGCUUUUACCGCGCCCUGACAGACAACGAUCGAGGCGGACAUGGAAGGCAGUGGAAAGAGCGGCGGCUGCACCAGACAACGAGUCAAGUCCGGCGGAUUCAGUGGCAUGUGGCCGACGACGGGGUCAGGGUCGAGGUGGUCGAGCGCAUCGCGCCACCAGCAGUGGCCUGGGGAGUCGACAACGCCUGGACUUACAGCUUCCGCGGCGACUCUCUGUCCAUUCGCAUACAAGGAAAACCUGGCGGCCUGGGCCUCCCUGACACGUUUGCGCGCAUUGGACUGACAGUCGGCCUCGACGGCGUCGAAAAGGUCCGGUGGUGGGGCCGGGGCCCCGGCGAGUCAUACCGCGACAAGAAGCACGCGCAGCUCUUUGGCAACUGGCAGGCAGAUGUGGACGAUCUCUGGCUUGAUUACGAGUUUCCGCAGGACGCGGGCAACAGGACCGACGUGCGAUGGGUCGAAUUCACCGGGGCCGAGAAGCGACGCAUCCUGAGAGCCAACUUUGGGGCGCUGGCGGGCGCGAGCUUCUCGGCGACGCGGUAUUCGACCGCAGACGUAGAUGAGUGUACGCACCCGUACGAGUUGCACGAAAGAAGACGGGAUGACGUGCUCGUUCGGCUGGACUGGGCGCACCACGGACUGGGAACCGGAUCCUGCGGUCCCUGGACGCUGCCGCAGUACCAGCUCCGGGCGGACAAGGAGUUUGACGUGGAGAUUCUGCUGGAUUGA